CUUUGCCCCUCUUUAGACUCAGCAGAUUAAACCCCAACUUCUAAAUUACAAGCCAUCAAAAUGCAGGCCACUCUACGUCUCUCACCAAUUUCAUCAGUAUCACCUCUUGCUUUUGUAACCACCAAGUCCCUGGCCUUGCCAUGCAGCUCCCUUCCGAGGCCACUACAACCCUCAAGGUGCCCUCCCCUCAGGGUAACCAAUGUGACAGGGGGCGAUCCUUCAUCUGUCGAUUACAGCUCCAUCACUUCUGUUUUCCCGGCAGAGGCUUGCGAAACAGUCGGAGGAGAAGCUUGUGAUGCCGAAAUGUAUCCCGAAGUGAAGCUUAAACCGGAAGAGGGCAGGAGCAGCACAGCCAGGACUGUUUCUGAGCAACUGGAUAGAGAUUAUCUAGAGUAUGAUAGUCCCAAGACGGUCUUUCCUGGGGAGGCUUGUGAUGAUCUGGGAGGAGAAUUCUGUGAGCCAGAGUAUCAGAGAGGGGUAAACUAGGCCCCUCCAUGAGCGUCUCUUCUCAGUUUUUACUGCUGACUGUAAUAUUCUAUGAAUAAUUACUACUUGGAAGAGUAGUUGGCAUGGUUCUUGAAUAUUUAUGUACAUGAAACAGUAAUAAACCCGGUACAAACUAAUAGCUCCAUACUUUUGUUGUUAAA